AUGAUUUUUAUUGCUGGUGGUAAUUUCCAAUAUCUUGAUGCGUCGGUACCAGUCUACGAAUCUGAACGACUUGUUAAUACAACGAAUGUCAUUAUUGCUCUUAUUCAAUAUCGUGUACUUGGUUUUCUUGCAACGGGAACGAAACCAAAUGAUAUAAAAAGCAAUUAUGAUCUUCUUAAUCAACGAUUGGCUAUUGCCUGGAUUAAAGCGAAUAUUGAUGCUUUCGGUGGAGAUUCUAAACAGAUAACACUAUUUGGUCAAAGUGCUGGAGCACAACCAGUGGCAUUGCAUCAUAUAACAAUGAAGAAUACAUCUUUUCCACUUAAACCACUUGUAAUUGGGACAUUGAAUGAAGAAGCAAUUUUUUACGUCUAUGAAGCAUGGGUAAAACCGAUCACAUUGUCGUUUUAUCUUGAAAUUAUACUUUUCACGUUUCGUGCAAAUGCAUUUAAAAUGAUGGAACGUUAUCCACCUAUUGAAGUUGACGAUCUACGGCCACUCGUAUGUCAAAUGGCUAUACAAUGGGUAUUAGCAUGUCCGACACGUAUUUAUGCUCGUCAAGCUGCUUCAUAUUCGUAUGUUUUUGGUUUUCCACUUGAUUUUGAUGGAUGGGAAAAUGAAACGUUUUGUGAUCAUCAUGUCUGUCAUGCUGAUGAACUACCUUAUACAUUUGAGUCCGUAUGGGUUAAUUUUGCAGAUGCUGGCAAACGUGUUGCAAUGAGUAUGGCUACUUAUUGA